UCAGUCUUAUGAGAGUUUCGUAUUGGAGCGCAUUGUCAAAUACGCUGAUAUUGUUUGUUUUCGCAUAGGUUCGUUUCAGCAGUUUCCUAAAGAUUCAAGAUGCCGCCGAAAAAACACAGCGGAUUUAUGAUGUUCGUGAACGAAUGGCGCGACAACAACCCCGAAGGUCGCAAUUUGAGCAUUGCCCAAGCUGUGUCCCGAUGUGGGUCUAUUUGGGAGAAAAUGACUGCUCAGCAGCGCGGUCCGUACAACUCUGGGGCAAAAAACGCUGACGUUUUGACCCGCGUAAAGAAGGAGCGCCUUAACUGCCAUGGGCAGGUUUUAUCCCAGGUUGAGCUGGAGGAGCGCGAAAUGGCCGAGAGCCAAAUACACAUGAAGCGCUGUACCGAACGCAUCGUUAUGGAUGCCAAACGCUCGCAUGAUCUAGAAAACACAAAAUUUGUGUUUGUUGCCUUUAAUUAUUUCACCAAGGCUUUCACCACCGACGUAUAUGUCCCUGCCGAAUUUUCAGCGAGUGAAUACUCUUUUAAUGAAGGAAUUAUGUCCGUGUACAGUACCUUAAUCGACCCAGGUCAAAUUAUAUUUGGGCAGGGCAGCGACGCCCAACAUCACUCGUCGACCACGCACAACUUACCGCUGCCUCCUAACGCUUUGGGGGAAAAAAACAUGGGAAAAUUAUACCGUAACAUUUUGGAAUAUCUAUCUAAAAUUCAGGAGGGCAAAGACGCUACUAAACCUUUCGUAGUGUUUACUAAAACCGAUAUGGUACCGUUCGUUAAGUCAUGCUUUCGGUACUUGGCUUGCGAAAAUCAGGACGGCUCCUAUGAAAAUGGAGACCAGAUACAGGUUCUUGACAUCCAAUAUUUGCUUUUCAUCCAGAAAAAGGAGGUUUUGGACAUCGCUGGAGUUUCAGACGAAAAGAUAAAUUUAUAUGUGACGGACGCAUACUUUUUAAAGGACUUUUUCGAGUUUACUCCUGAAAUUUCUUGCCAGUAUCAUGAAGAAAAUGACCGCUCAAAAUAUUGCACGCAGAGCCUUGUGAUGCGAUGGGCUUACACCUUCAGCGAUUAUAUGUGCAGUGACCUGGCUAUAUCCGUUCAACCGGGAAAACAUAUUCCACCUAAGACAAAACCGAACUACAGGGUAAUUCCCGCUAAUUCGAGUGUUCACGAGUCUUCUUUUGAUUCAUUCUACUCAAUUCCGGCAUCAUGUGAGAAAAAAGAAGAUUCACCCACAGUUCUAUCGCCAGCCUCCAGCCGGCGAUCACUUGCAUCAUCCCCUUACGUGCCAACAGACCAUACUUCGUUUGUUGGCGACCUUAACAAGAAAGACGAAUUUCCAUCUCUCGGUGGGCGGCGAACCGCCAACAGUCGCACUGGUGCCCAGCGAUCUAACACUAUGGGAUCCUGGAAUCUACCCGCUCACGCCCGUGCUCUUCAUGACUUUUCUGACGACGACUUUAGUGUAACAAGCUCUAGAAAGGAGAAGGAAUUGAAUUUGAUUACAUUCCGUUCACCUUACCUUUAUAUUACAUAAAUGUUUAGACUUUUACUGGCGAAAAUAGAACAUUUUGAUUUGUUACAUUCUAAGAAAGAAGAUUUACAAUAAGAAUAUACUGUGCACUUAUGCAAAAACCUUUCGUUAGAUUUUUUUGAAUCCUUUGUUUUUGUCUAGAGAAAAAUACAACAUUUUCUUUUAUUACGAACUACAAAAAUAAUCGCUACAACGUUGUAGUGAACACAAUUCAUUUAAUACUUUGUUAUGUAUUCACAGUUGUCCGGUACAAAUACAAAUCAUUUGUUAAUUCUUCAAAUAAAAUAAACUGAAA